CCCUGGCUUACUUAUUGAUAUAUCAAAGGGAAUUUCUCUAGCCUCUUUCUCCAGCAAGAUUUCAAAGUACCCAGUUACUCUGGAAAAUAGCCCAAAACGCUUUGAAGAAUCUAGAAGUUCUGGAAGUUGCUUCUAGUUUGGGUAGGAAACACUAUACUUGGUAAACUGAAGAAAUGAUGCAUACCCUGAAAAUUGAGGCAAGAUUGUUCAGCUUAAAGGGAUUUUUCUGGCUUUGUCUCUUUGAGCUUUUGCAUAGUAAUUCAGGUUCUCUCAGUCAAGAAUUAACAGUUGUAGUCCAAGCAGGAGAUGAAGCCAGGCUUCCUUGCCGUUACCAAAUCGCUAGUGGCACACUAAAAUCUUACUACAUCUACUGGCAAAAGGUUAACUUGGAUAAACAAGAUCUGGUUGUGAUUUCAUAUAAGUACGGUGAAGAAGUUGAAUUGGAAAAGGACAAAACUUACAAGAACAGAUCAAAGUUAGAAGAGCAGAAUCUUAUACUUUCAAUUGCCUCAGUCACAGUAAAUGAUAGUGGACUAUAUCAAUGUAUUGCCAUAUUGGAAAGUCACGUAAAAGGGAAAACAUUUACCCGUUUAUCUGUGAUAGUUCCAUUUAGUACACCUAUCAUCCUGAACAAUUUGUCCGGUGAACAUUGUGACUCAAAAAUUUUGACACUGAUGUGUUUGUCUCAUGGAGGUUCUUCAGAGCCAAAGAUGUAUGGAUCUAUCAAUGAAAAUCCAGUGAAUUGGACUGUCACAAGCAAUGAAAUAUUUGGUCAUUUUAAUAUUGCUGGCACCUUGCAGUUAAACAUGACAGAAAAUAUAUUGAUUCAGUGCUCAGUUCAUUAUUUAGAUUUCCAAGUGUCAAGCAAUUAUAGCUUGAAUAUGGCAAAGAACUGUUCUGAACCCACAAUGCCACCAUUGAUUCCACCUUUUGGGAUCAUAAUUUCUUCAGGAGUGAUCUUGAUUUUCUUUCUAGCUAUGGUAAUGCUAGUAAUACUCCAAUGCUACUUUCAUAAGCGUCCAACGUCCUCCACCACACAUCAGUCACUGGCAACAGAUGAAAUGAUACUCAAGGAGCACUCUAGGAGGCAGACACGUUCAAGGCUGCAGAGAUCUUCACUCUGAUUUUGAGUUGCAGCUCCCAGACUUAUUUUGGUAAGAGAUUCUGUUAUUCAGCUGGGAUGAAGAAUUCUCCUAACAGAAUGAAAUGCUGACUAGAAAUCACAAACGUAUUUGAAGAUUUCCCAUUACAUACUUGAAGAAGAUGGGUGAUAACUUUGUGUGGGCUUGGAAGCUAACCAUGACUGCAUCUGAGAAAGUCUUGAAUGACAGGUUGUAGACAAAAUUAUGUGGUAGUCCUGUUUGAAGAAGACACUGUUUUCAAGUUUGAAAACAAGAUUGGAAAACUGAAACUGAAAAAAACAGUGCACAUCACUUUCAAACUGCUGUGAAGAAAACUGAAAUGUUUGUUGUGCUACGGUUUUGUCUGUCAUUAAGCCUAUGGCUUUUUUAAAAAAAACUAAAAAUAACGACUUUAUGACUCCUUUUUAGUUCUCUGUAUGAACUGUUUUUGGUCUUAUUUAUAAAAGAUGGCUUGGAAACUUGGUGUAAAUAACAAUUGGAGAACAAUAUAAGCCCAAGAAAAAAAUGAUAAAAAUGUUAUGUUUGUAUUCAUAUAAUCACCAGAGUACAGCACAACUUGGGAAACAUUUUUUUAAAAAAAUAAUCAUUGUGUGCUGUAAAGUAGUGCCCUGAAAAAAAUCAACAAUUAGUCUAAAAUUCAUUAAUCUUUGUGGACUGAUUCUUGCAAAAUAUGAAUUUAGUGUAAUAAAGAGAUGUUCUCAUAUGUCUUAGUCAUUCCAUGCAUUAGCAGAAGAAUGCAGGCUAUUAAUAUUGUUCCGAAACUUGAUAAUUCCUAGGAAUUAUAGUAUGCCUACUAUGUAGGUAAAUGAAGCUUUUCAAUUUGGAAACUUUUCUUAAAUGGAACUUGAACAUGAAUAACCCUGCUUAUUUAUAAUGGAAAGCUGAACAACAUAAGCAAUUGUGUAACUUAACUUGGUGCUAUAAAAUAAUCUAGAAUUAAUACAAGACAUGUAAAAUUUUUAUAGAAGGCAGCGUUUAUAAUUUGGAUCAAUUAACAAAUGAAAACAAUGAAUUUUAUUGGCUUUCAUUUUAAAGAACAAAUAUUAUAUUCGGUUAGUGCAGGGGUAUCAAACUCAUGUCAUCACAGCAGCGUCACGUGAUGUAUCAGGACUUUUUACCCCUUCACUAAACCAGGCCUGGGCAUGGCCAGCGCGUUAAUGAUUAAUCAAUUCAACUUGGAUAGAAGAACUGGGAAUAGAUAAAUGCAUCAUCAGUUUAAUGCCCUUGCAUUGCCACAAGAGAUCCAAGUCCAGUUCCCGUUGAAUUCUGUUGACCCUUAUCUAGCACUAAUUUAGUGCUGUCCAUUAAUUGACUAGAUUCUUGUAUAUAGACUUGAAUAAAUCUUCUAUGAUGCAACCUCACAAAUGGUCCGAUUCUUUGCAUCUGACAAAAUACAAAGUAGCUGAUUCCAAUGGAAGAUAAUAGGUUGAAUAGGUUAAAUAGAGCAACAGGAUAAAUAGAUAUUCCUAUUUGUCUAUAUAAUGGAAAAUAUUGUUGACAUCAAUUCUAAAAAUAUCUACACACCUUAGAAUACAUUUUAUGCAACAAAAAAUAUUUCAGAUCCAUUGCGUUUUUGAAAAAAUUUCAUCAUGGUGAAGAUGCCCUCAGAUUGUUUUAUUUUACUGUUUACACAGUAUCUUAUAACAAGGUCAUUUCAGAAACAGUAAUUAACAUAUUAUUCAAUUUUGAGACAAGUUCUUUUUAACUGUAGUCUUUAUCAGAAAUUUACAUUUAAACAAAAAAAGUAAACCACACCAUGCUGACAAUUUUGACUAUUUUUCUAACAUUACAAAAAUAGCUUAAUGGGCUUCAGAAAUAACGUUAGUAACUAAUGAAUACAUCAUUUACUAACAUAGAUUACACAUGAAUAAUUGCAAUGAAAUGCUUAUAUACUUUUAUUUACUCCAUGUAUAUGUAAGUGUACAUUCUGUAUUUUUUAAAGUUUUUUUUAUAAUUGUGUGUAUUCUUUUUUUGUAUUCAAUUAAUAAAACCUUGUAAAAGUUCUUUUAAAGCUGUAUUACUAGGUAUUGCUAUAGCCACAGCUUAUUGGCUAUCUGAAUAAUCAAUUUACUACUGCUUUAAAUGUGUAUCUCAGGCUUGUGCGAUAGGAUUUUAAUGAGCUAAAAGAGUAUCUGGUAUCGUACCUUGAUAUGCAAAAAAAAAAAAAUAGAAUGCUAAACUGUCUUAUUUGGUAGGGAUUGGGUUACCUAUGGACAUGGAUUGCAAAGAACCACCUGGUUUUUAGAAGAACUCCAGAAGAACACUGGAGAAAAAUGAAGAGUAAAUUCAAAUGAAUACAGGUAACAGCCUUUAUUAAUACCUAAUAAAGGGAGUGAAAAACUGCUAUUUCUUUGCCCCUAACUUUUUUUUGCAGAAUGUCAACUAAUGUCCUAAUAUGGUAACUUGUUAUCUUCUGGGUAAGGAAUAGUUAUGGGAAUUUUUGCAGCACUGAUGCAAAGACUAUUCUAGUCAAGUGCUGGAUAAAUGGCUUGAAUUUGUUGGAGUGAGAUAUAUUACUUAUUUUAGGCGUCAUAGGUUAUCAGUUUUUAUCCCUGUAUGCUACCCUUUGUUGUGAGAUGGGUGGUC